CGCCGCCUGCUCGUCCUCGCUCUGGGCUUGUUUCCGGCGGCCUCUGUUAAUCUGGUAUCUGUCUCCAUCGUACGCCUCCGAACAACUGGGAGAGCCCACCGGAGGACCUUACCACCACCGUCGCGGUCGCCUGGUCGGUCUUUGUGAGGCGACUCUGGAAGCCCCGGUUGGUACGGACCUUGUACGGCACAGCGCCAGGGCAAGUACCACACCAACCUCGCGCACUUCCCUUGGAUUUGGUGCGCUUUGGCCAUGUCGUGCUCCCAUAAUGUGUUGACGUACGUGUUGUCACUGACAUCGCAGACUCGCAGUACGCGGAGGGCCGUUCAAUGCGUGCGAGUCCAGUGCAUCACCCGCGGAGGCGCGAAGGGAAAGCCGCAGUCUCGAAGAGCGCGUCGCGCCAUACUAGUGCUCCACCGCUGCCCCGCGAGAGUCGCGGCAAGAAUAACACUUGCGGUUUCCUCGUCCGGCUCCCGGAGCGGUCCUUUGUGCCGCACUCCCGGGGCGUAAAGCGCCCGUGCACGCAGAAGAUGUCGCCGCUCACGUCGGCCGUACCGUGGUACGCGCAUCUUCUUUCCGGACCAAAUGAGUACAUUGGAUGCAUGAUGAAG